GAGAGGGAGCGAGUUGAGGGAUUGACACAAAUGGUCAGGCGGCGGCGGAGGAGAAGGAGGCGGAGGCGCAGGGGGGAGCGGAGGCUGCUGGGCUGCGGAGAGUUGCGCGCCCUACCAAGCCGCGACCACUAACGCGCGCCGCCAGCCGGGAGCUGAGCGCCCAGGGCCGGGAAGGCGGGACGCGACCCGGCGCCCGAGCCAGCCGGGCUCUCCCCGCCGCCCGCGCGCGCUUCAUGCACCGCAAGUUUCCGCGGCGGCGGCGGCGGCUGCGGGACUCCGAGCAGAAGCCGGGGCAGCGGGCCGUGCGCGGCUCGGGCUUGACGGAGGGCACCGGCGGGGACGACGAGGAGGUCUCCGGUCGCAGCCGAGCGGCGCCGAGAAAGUAUGGCUGAGGAGGUGGUGCCUAAGAAGUCCCGGGCCGCCGCGGGCGGCGCGAGCUGGGAACUUUGUGCUCGGGCGCCCCUGGCUCGGCCGGCGGAGGAGGGCAGCGGGGGCGCGCGCGGCCACCGCCGCCCCCCGGUGGACCCCGGGCGCUGGGCGCGCCGGCUGCUGCUCCUGCUCUGGCUGCUGGAGGCCCCGCUGCUGUUGGGGGUUCGAGCGCAAGCGGUCGGCCAGGGGCCCGGACCCGGGCAGCCGCCCCCGCCGCCGCCCCAGCCGCAGCAGGGAGCACAGCAGUACAACGGCGAGCGGGGCAUCUCCAUCCCGGACCACGGCUACUGCCAGCCCAUCUCCAUCCCACUGUGCACGGACAUCGCGUACAACCAGACAAUUAUGCCCAACCUCUUGGGCCACACGAACCAGGAGGACGCGGGCCUCGAGGUGCACCAGUUCUACCCGCUGGUGAAGGUGCAGUGCUCCGCCGAGCUCAAAUUCUUCCUGUGCUCCAUGUACGCGCCGGUGUGCACCGUUCUGGAGCAGGCGCUGCCACCCUGCCGCUCCCUGUGCGAGCGCGCGCGCCAGGGCUGCGAGGCACUCAUGAACAAGUUCGGCUUCCAGUGGCCCGACACGCUCAAGUGUGAGAAGUUCCCGGUGCACGGCGCCGGGGAGCUGUGCGUGGGCCAGAACACGUCCGACAAAGGCACCCCGACACCGUCGCUGCUUCCGGAGUUCUGGACCAGCAACCCCCAGCACGGCGGCGGGGGGCACCGCGGCGGCUUUGCGGGGGGCACCGGCCCUGCAGACCGCGGCAAGUUCUCCUGCCCGCGCGCCCUCAAGGUGCCUUCCUACCUCAACUACCACUUCCUGGGCGAGAAGGACUGCGGCGCGCCCUGCGAGCCCACCAAGGUCUAUGGGCUCAUGUACUUCGGGCCGGAGGAGCUGCGCUUCUCGCGCACCUGGAUUGGCAUCUGGUCCGUGCUGUGCUGCGCAUCCACCCUCUUCACGGUGCUCACCUACCUGGUGGACAUGCGGCGCUUCAGCUACCCGGAGCGGCCCAUCAUCUUCCUGUCCGGCUGCUACACAGCGGUGGCUGUGGCCUACAUCGCCGGCUUCCUGCUGGAGGACCGGGUGGUGUGCAACGACAAGUUUUCGGAGGACGGGGCGCGCACCGUGGCACAGGGCACCAAGAAGGAGGGCUGCACUAUCCUCUUCAUGAUGCUCUACUUCUUCAGCAUGGCCAGCUCCAUCUGGUGGGUGAUCCUGUCCCUCACCUGGUUCCUGGCGGCUGGUAUGAAGUGGGGCCACGAGGCCAUCGAGGCCAAUUCACAAUAUUUUCACCUGGCCGCCUGGGCUGUGCCCGCCAUCAAGACCAUCACCAUCCUGGCGCUGGGCCAGGUGGACGGCGAUGUGCUGAGCGGGGUGUGCUUUGUGGGGCUUAACAACGUGGACGCCCUGCGGGGCUUCGUGUUGGCACCGCUCUUCGUGUACCUGUUCAUCGGCACGUCCUUCCUGCUGGCCGGCUUCGUGUCACUCUUCCGCAUCCGCACUAUCAUGAAGCACGACGGCACCAAGACCGAGAAACUGGAGAAGCUCAUGGUGCGCAUCGGUGUGUUCAGCGUGCUCUACACGGUGCCGGCCACCAUCGUCAUCGCCUGCUACUUCUAUGAACAGGCCUUCCGGGACCAGUGGGAGCGCAGCUGGGUGGCCCAGAGCUGCAAGAGCUAUGCUAUCCCCUGCCCUCACCUCCAGGGAGGUGGGGGCGCCCCGCCGCACCCACCCAUGAGCCCCGACUUCACGGUCUUCAUGAUCAAGUACCUUAUGACACUGAUUGUGGGCAUCACAUCGGGCUUCUGGAUCUGGUCAGGCAAGACACUUAACUCCUGGAGGAAGUUCUACACGAGACUCACCAACAGCAAGCAGGGGGAGACCACCGUGUGAGACUCCGGACUCAGCCCUUCCCAGGGCCCUGCCCCCCUCUCCCCAAAAGCCGGCCCCACUGGGAGUCUAGGCCCUGCAUAGCAGCUCUAGGCUUGCUCUCUAGACCCUCACUUUUGAAGGCCCCUUCUGCCGGCGCAGUCCGUGAGCUUUGGCCCUUCCUGGGGCUAACGGACUGGAGGGCUUCACUGCCAGAGGGGUGUGGACCGGACCGCUGCUCUUGCCCUCACAUUCUGGUACCAGGACUGUACGCUUUUAUGAUUGUAAAUAGCCUGUGUAAGAUUUUUGUAAGUAUAUUUGUAUUUAAAGACUACCGAUCACGCGUUUCUCUUUCUUUCUUUUCUUUUCUUUUUUAAGAUUUUAAUUAUUUAGGGUGGUUUAACCAUUUGAGACUUUUCUCUCUUGCCCUUCUCGGAGGACUGCAGAGAAGAUAAAACCGCAGCACCACAUAAUACUCCUGUGCUUCCCUGUCCUCCCUGCCUUAGCCGGCCUGCCUGGGUGUAAGGCCUGCAGCCCACACUGCUGGGGUCCCACCUCCUCCAUCUGCCUUGCCCUUCCUUGCUUGGGACAGGGACUCUAAAGGUACAAAACUCUGCAUUCCAAAUGCGGAGGUGGGCCUUCUCCCAUUCCAGCUCCUUCCUUAUUUAGGGGCAGGUUUGUUUAGGGGGUAGGGCCUGUCCCUUUGACUUCACAAGGCUGGAUUUUGAGGACCCCCCCCACUUCAGAGUGGCUCUGGCAGGCUGCAUUCCCACCCUCCCCCACUCUCCUUCAAGGUCCACAGACUCCCUCCAUCCACCUAAGUUGGUGAGAGGCUGACAAGGCUGACAGGGCUAACGGAUGCCAAACUUUUUUAAGUCUAAUUUUUGAGGGAUGAGCUCAUUUCAUUCUCUAGUGUCUAAAACCUGGUGUGGUUUGGCCAGCGUCAUGGAAAGAUAUGGUUACUGAACGGGGAAGAGGCCUGAAGCGUGGUGUGGGAAGGGAGAGACUGAAGAGGGGUUAUAAAAUGUUAAUUCUAAUUGCAUACUGAUGCCUGGCAACCUGCCUUGAAGAGGGAGACAGCCUGAGCUGAGAUUUUUACCCUUCUGGAAAUUGGAAACUAGAGGUCACCUGGAAAGCUCUGUGCAAGGAUUGAUCCUUGCGUUCCUUAGCAGGACUGCAGAACAUAAACAGGAUGAAAACUUGAAGGAGAUUGCAGUGUGAUGGGCGUCUUCCACAUGAAGUAUUAUUUUCUUACUUUUAAUCAAAUGAUAAUUAGACAUAUAUCAGAAACUUUAAAAUGUAAAAGUACACUUUUAACAUAUUAUUAUGAUUAUUAUUCAGCGACACAUCCUGAAGGAGGAACAACAAUCCCCACCCCUAAUAAUAACCUAGUAGGAUUUCGGGAGGCUGAGGAAACAGAAUAAUCAAUGAGGUUCAUUCCUGACAGAGACACGCAGCCCAGGGGCCUGCAUGCAGAAGGGAAGCUGCAGUCUACUACGGGAAAUCCUAUGUGCUCUUUCUUGGAUUUACAAAAACCUGUCAAAUGUAAACCUUUGAAGCCAUUUCAGAAUAUUCACUUUAGUUCUCUGUGAAAAGGAGAAUAGUCCUCCUGAUUGUGUUGUUUUAAACUUUAAGAGUUUAUCAAAAUGCUGGUACUUAGGAUCUAAAUUUAUCUAUAUCUGUCAUGCCCUAAAAUGGCAUUGGUCUUUGAAUUUGGUAUGCAUUUAUUCUGUUCACUAUCACAAGAUCAUCUAUAUUUAUAGAGGAAUAGAAGUUUAUAUAUAUAUAUAUAUAUAAAAAAUGCCAUAUUUUUAAUUUCGCAAAUAAAAAAUCAAAGUUUUGUACAAAAUUAUAUGGUUUUCGUGUCUGAAAAUAAUAGAGCUUGAACUGUCUGAAAUGUCUUUGCAUUUUAUUGUGGCUCACAGCCAGUCCUACAAUGUAAAAAUUUCAGAAUUCAGUGAAAAAUUCUAUUCUUAAAUAUUUAGUCCAGGUUUUCUGAAGAAUAAGACUAUUUGCUGUGGACAUAGAGUGCCAAGAAGAGAUCUGUUUUUGUGACAGUAGAAAACAGAAAACUACAAAGUAUUUCUUUAUUUGAAGAUUAUUAAAGGAUAACUAAUUUCAAUAUUAAAGCUUUUUGUCUUUCAAGGAAUAAAUUUACAUGCCUUUUUAUAAUACAGUGGCUUAUUUUUAAAUCAUUAUCUUUGUCAUGAUUUUUAGGAGUUAUUGUCUUAUCUUCCAUAAUCUUGGAUAUUCUCAAACCAUAAAUAGGUGAUCAAUAAAUGGUACCUAUUUAUUUGUAAGCAUUUUAAAACACCAGUUGGGUUUAUCAGUCUAUUUUGUAGUUUGCUUCUAAAGACUGCAUUUUUAAGGUUAAAGGAACGUUUUUCAGAUGAAUUUUCUAGUUGGUUUACUCGGAAUUUAUGGAUGUGUGCGUGCAUAUAUCUAAAUAUACAUAUGCACCUAAGUGUAUACACAUGUUAAAAAUAGAAAUGUAUAAUACAUACAUUUUAUACUAUGAGAAUAGUAGUAUUAAAAAUGGAAAAAUUCCAAAUGGAAAACUUCAAAUACCUUUAGAUUUAAAAUACCUUUAUUCCAUUUUUCCUUUGAAAAUACUUUCUGAUAAAAUGACUAGGGGCUGAAACAAAGAUCAUUAAUACAAUAAUUGAAUUACUUUCAUGAUCGUAAGGUAAAUGUCUUAGAGGUCAUCCUCAUUUAUUUUAAAACAAAUGAAAAAAAAAUUAAUUGAAAAUAUAGCAUUCAAUCCUCAGUAGCAAGAUAUAAUUUUGUUCUUUUUACAUUAACAUAACAGUAGACAUCAGAAAUGGUUUUAUUGUACACACACACACACACACACACACACACACACACACACAUUCUUUGGCCAAAUUAAAAGAUAUAUUUUUAUCAGGUAUUUAGAAAAUUAACUAUGAGUCUCUAUCUAAGGAAACAAUGUUAAAUCAGUCUUAAUUUGAGUGUCCUUAACGUGAUUUAACUAUCAAUAGAAUAAGGAGUGCUUUUGUUAAAUAGUUUCAGAAGUAAUUUUAAAAUUACCAACAGGCUUUAUUUUUAGAAAACAAGUAUUUUUUUUGUUUGUUUGUUUGUUUGUUUCAAAACUGAUGGAAAAUAAGAUUGACUGGACAGUCAAAGCUACUGGGAAUACUGUGCCGGUAACAUGCAAUUCCCUUAACACCCUAUCUUGGGAUUAUUUGAUUUGCCUAAUUUUUUUUUUUUUUUGGUGUUUUCUUUUUUAAAUCAACUAUCAAUAGGAGUUUGUUUCUCUCCAUCACUUGACUUAGCUUUUGAGGUAAAUGUAUAUGUAGUGUGAAAGCUCUUAAAAAUUAUUUUCUACUUCAGCUUUGUAGAGGCAAAGUCACUUUUCCUGGCAGAGUAAUCCGUGUCAAACAUGGGCAGCAGCUCUGGACCCAAGUACUCAGCUCAUCCUGCAGUGCUCACUUGUCAGUUUGAGUGUACAGUCCUGAGCCUUUUGUCAUCACUCAGAGUCCUGAAGCUUUUCAUUGUAACUGAAUUAUUCUUAAAGUCCAGCUUUAAUUAGGCAAAAAGACCACAGUGGAGAGUUGAUGGCCAAUUAUGAAAAAAUGAGACUAUAUCACAAAUCAUUUCAGGACUUGUGUGGCUUUGGAUCACUUCACUUUAGUUUUGUUCCAACCUUCAUACUUUUUUUUUUCUGUACCAGGAAUUGAACUUAGGAUCUCACUGUUGUCAGCCAGGCCCUGCACCAUUGAGCUAUGUCCCUGGCCGAGUACAUUUUUUUUUUUCUUUUCUAAAGCAUCUUAGGGUAUGCUGGAGGUAAACCGCAACUAUUUCUCCUUUUACUGCUUUUUAAAUUCAUCUGUUAGCUAUAGGCCACUUUUCACAUAAUUUGUAUGCAAGUAAUUGAAUCUAGUGCUAUUACAUUGAAUACCCUCUACACAUUUAUUAUUAUAAUAUUCUGUGUAACAUGCACCUGAGAGAUUGAAAAUAAAACAUGGUCAUUCUGUAUGUAUAGAGGUGGGUCUUAGUGACAUGGUCAUCAAAUACUUUAUAAGAUACACUAAUCUCAAAGGCUUGCAAGAUUAACCUGUAGAAGCCAAAGUAAGAUAAAAAUUACAAAGGAGAAUUCUUCAGUUAUGUAACUGAAAAGGAAUUACAUAUUACCUUAAAUUCAAAGUUUUUAUUUUGGGGCCUUUAGAUUUCAAAUAGAGUCUUCCAGAGAAAGUGCCAAAACUUAGCUUAUUUCGCUGAUUUUGAGAUGUGUAUCUAUAUCUUGAACUCUAGAUAGGUGGCAAUAGACCUUAAAAGGUGAAAAACAGUGCUUAUUUGAUCUUCAGUCAUGACUCAGAAUUUCCUUAAAAUAUGGGGGGUGAAUUUUUUUGACUCAGUUUGGUCACUCUUUUUUGUUGUUCAUUUCUUUUAAUAAUGGAUUUGCUAAGUUAUAGUAAUUAUAAUGACAAAACUUAGAGCUGGCAAUUAAAAGUUUAUUGAGUGAUUUUCCUCUUUCACCAUGAUCUGCAGUGACAUAUAUCUGUAUGCCAUCACAGCAUCAGGUCAUUGUAACACUCUCUUUGGGGACAUUUGCUUGUAGGUUGUCUGGUACCCAAAUAGGUGAAAUAAAAAGAUUUCUCAUAGAAAUCUUUCUCAUGUAAUUUGAUCU